AUUACCAUCAUCGUAGUGUAUCUGUUUGUUUGUAUCGUGGGACUGGUGGGCAACUGUCUGGUAAUGUAUGUUAUCGUCAGAUACACAAAGAUGAAGACAGCAACAAACAUCUAUAUUUUCAAUCUGGCACUUGCAGAUGCAUUAGAAUUAAUCACUCUACCUUUCCAGGCGACUGACACUCUGCUGGGAUUCUGGCCCUUUGGAAAUAUACUCUGUAAAAUAGCAAUAUCAAUUGAUUAUUACAACAUGUUCACCAGCAUCUUUACCCUGACAGUAAUGAGUGUUGAUCGGUACAUAGCCGUCUGUCACCCUGUUAAAGCAUUAGAUAUAAGAACCCCUUUCAAUGCAAAGGUUGUCAAUGUGUGUAUCUGGGGACUCGCUUCCAUGAUUGGAAUACCAGCAAUGAUCAUGGGAUCGGCUGAAACAGAAAACAAUGAAAUUGAAUGUCUGCUGGUUCAUCCACAACCACACAAUUACUGGAAGCCCACAAUUGAAAUAGCUGUUUUCCUUUUCUCCUUUGUAAUUCCAGUUGCUAUCAUAACAGUUUGUUACACAUUAAUGUUAAGGCGGUUGAGAAGUGUACGCGUUCUUUCUGGAUCAAAAGAGAAGGACAGAAACUUGCGUAGAAUCACAAGAAUGGUCUUAGUGGUUGUUGCAGUCUUCGUCAUCUGUUGGACCCCAAUCCACAUUCUAGUGUUAGUACAAGUUGUCUGUAAUCAUGAAAUCAUGACAAUUAUGCCAAGCUGGUAUUUUUGUGUUGCUCUUGGAUAUGCCAAUAGCAGCCUGAAUCCUGUUCUUUAUGCCUUUCUGGAUGAAAACUUCAAAAGGUGCUUUAAAGAGUUUUGCUUUCCCUCCACUUUUAAAAAAGAACCGAAGGUGUCAAACGGGAUGAGAAGUAUCACAAAAGGUGUUGCUUACUCAUGUAAAAAUACAGAUGGCACAGAAAAUGUUGCAUGA